CAGAUCACAGUUGAACAGCCAUGCCAUGAAACAGUGAAAAAAAAAGCAUUGAGGUCGAAGCUCCUUUCUUCCCCUCGAGAGGCUGCCAUAUCUAUCAUCUUUCCUCUCCAAUUCUUGUCUCCGAAUUCUACCCCUAACAUCUCCUCUAUCUUUUUCCACUCCCGCGAGCUCCGAAAAUGACUGUUUCUAAAGGUGUCGAGCCAUGGGCCGAGGGCGCAGAAAAAUAUAGGGGCCAACGCCUCUUACCCCACGUUAUUGACUAUUACGCCCAUCAUGAACCCGAUCGCGUAUUUGCUGCCAUUUCUGAGUCUGAGAGCAUUGCCAAUGGCUUCCGGGAUGUUUCUAUGAAGACAAUGGCUACGGCCGUUGACCACAUGGCUUGGUGGCUAGAGCGAACCCUAAGAGGCAGCAAAAAACGACGGACAUUGGCCUAUGUUGGCGCAGCCGACUUGCGAUAUGCGAUUGUGCUGCUGGCAGCUAUCAAAUGUGGAUGGAGGACGAUUUUUAUCUCGCCGCGCAACCCCGCGAUUCUCAACCUCGGCCUGCUCCAGCAGGUCGACGUCAGUGCGCUUCUAUACGCAGACGUUCUACGGUCAAUGGCCAAAAGCUUGCAGAAAUUCGACCCUUCAAUGUCCUGCAAGCAAGUGCCUUCAAUGGCCGAUUUGAUCAAGUCGCAAGCUCCACCAUACCGCUUUGAAGCCUCAUGGCACGAUUUGAAAGAUGACAAGUGCUUGAUUUUACAUUCAUCCGGAUCGACAGGUCCGCCUAAGCUCGUGUAUCUCACCCAUUACACCUUUUCUUGCACUGAUAACGACCCCAAAGUGCCCGUGCCAGAGGGUCGACGACCGCAAAAUGCAGCGCAAUUCCACUUUGAUCCGCCCGGGCGCUUUUAUUCUUGCUUCCCACCAUAUCAUAUGGCUGGUGUGCAAUCAUUUACACUUUUGCCGGCUUUCUCACAAACGGCAACUGUUAUAAUGGGCCCGCCCAUGAUGCCUCCCAGUGGUUUCUUGGUGGAUUCGAUCAUGAAGCAGCAGGAAGUUCGAGCUCUUUACCUGCCUCCCUCGGUGAUUGAGCAAUGGGCAAUUGAGCCAGCCGCUUACCAACAAGCAGAGAAUCUAGAUUUUGUGCUAUACAGUGGCGGACCCUUGGCGAACAGCGUUGGAAACCGCCUCGACCAGAUCACGGAUGUCUGCCAGAUGUACGGUUCACUCGAGAUGGGCCAAAUCCAAAUGCUCGUGCCCAACCCGGGAGAGUGGGAUUACUUAGAACCCAAUCCUGCCGAAGAAUGUGAUUUCCAGGAAGUGGAUGAAGGGGAGGGCGUCUACGAGCUGGUGUUGCACCCCGACAAGAAGUUCAUCGGCCAGCGCUCCCUUGCGCACACAUUCCCUGAUGUCACGAACGAGUGGCGGACCAAAGACUUGUUUAAGCCUCACCCGUCGAAACCAGGGCUGUGGCGCUUCCAUUCACGCACUGACGAUAUCAUCGUAUUGGCGAGCAGCCAUAAAGUAUGGCCUAUCCCCAUGGAGAACACUUUGGCUGGCGACCCCCUUAUUGGCGGUGCUUUGAUGGUCGGCAAUGGUCGUCCUGAGGUGCUCCUUUUGGUUGAACCACGGCCCGGACCGCAGGUGGACCGAAUGAGCAAAAAAGAAUUCAUUGACGCUAUCUGGCCUACCAUCUCGCAGGCGAACGCGAAUGCACCCGAAUACGGCAAGAUCCGCCGGUCGCGAAUUGUUCUCAGCCAGCCAAACCUGGGAUUCUUCCGAGCUCCCAAGGGAACUAUUUCGCGGAAGCCCACUGAGUCGCUGUACGCUGAGUACAUUGCGGCCGCCUUUAUUGACGGCACUACGGAUGAGCAGAGCGAGAUUGGCAUCCUGGAGAAUCACUGGCUUGACGAGGCCAAGAGGUUCAUUGGCUCCGUUGUGCACGAUAUUCGACCGGAUAUCACUCUGAGAGAAAGUGACGAUUUCUUUGUCGCCAAGGCUAUGGACUCGCUCACAGUGCUGGAACUCGGCCAGAAGCUGAGGUUGGGUCUUAUCCGACGCAUGAAUCCGGAAAAAAACACAAUCAACUUCUGGCUUCGUACGGUGUUUGAAAAUCCCUCCAUCGAAGCUCUGGCCAAGGCUACGCUUGAUGCUGUUUUUGGUCAAGUAGACUCUGACGAAUACAACUCUCGGGGUUUCAACCUGGAGCACGUAUUGGAGGAGUGUGUAGCUCAGUUACCCGAGCCCAGUGGGUUAGAGCCAGAACUUGAGCUUCCCACUGAGGAUAUCAAGGUUGUGCUGCUCGGCUCUCGAGGCCGUCUGGGUCCGUAUAUUGUCAGAGAUCUGCUGAAUGACCCCCGUGUGGCUGGCAUCAAAUGUCUUGACCGAGGUGGCAGUGGCCAAGCAGAAUUCCAGCGCCGUGCCGAUGAGCUCGGCAUAGACGUGGAUGCUAGCAACGCGCGAUUACAGUUCAUUUCCAUGGAGCUCUCCCAUCCCAACUUGGGCCUCUCCCAAAAUCAGAUGGACGAAAUCCUGCACCACGCCGAUGUGAUUAUUCACAAUGUCUGGGCUGUCAACUUCGCGCUCUCGCUGUCUUCUUUCAAACCCGAGAUGCUGAAGAGUCUCAACACAGUCAUCGAGAUCGCAAACAAGGCCCCGUCUCGACCUCGUAUCGUGUUUGCAUCCAGCACGGGCACUGUAUCGGCAUGGGCCAAGGCCGUGGCGCCGAAUGUGCCCGUCCCCGAGGAGGUCAUCAAGUGCGCUAGUGCCGCAACUUUGACUGGUUACGCCCAAUCCAAGCACGUCGCAGAGCGACUACUAGCCGCCGCCGGUGCCAAGCUCAAAAUUCCCAUUUCCAUCCUACGCAUUGGCCAAAUCGCCGGCCCAACCACCAUUGGCGAUGGCGGCAAAUGGGAAAGUCACGACUGGAUGCACUCGCUCGCCAUCCUCUCCAAGGCCUGCGGCUUGGUACCCUCCGAUGUGGCGGAAAUUGACUGGGUCCCCGUCGACCAAGUCUCACGCAUAGUGUCCGACAUCACGCUACAGGAGAAACACGAAGGCGAGACCGGAACGCCCUUCGUCCAAUUAUAUAACGUCCUGCACCCGCGACCAAUUCAAUUCUCCGUGUUCGCGGAUGCUCUGCAAUCGUGUAUCUCUUCCUCGCGGCAGGUGGGAUUCCACGCCUGGGUCGAUCAUCUUUCGGGUCUGACCCCGGAUAAGCUUUCCAAGGAAGCAGAGACUGAGAAGACGCGCAUUUUGCCCUUCUUCCAGGCGAUUGCGGAAGAGCAAUACCCCAAGUUUAGUCUUGAGAAGGCCAAGAAAGCCAGUGCUGUGAUGGCAGAGAUGAAGCCUAUUGAUCAGGAGCUGUUGACGAAAUGGUGCCAACAGUGGACGAAGACUUAGGUUUACUGGCAUGGUGUGGAUGUUGAGGUGAUGAUCUACUGAAUGACUUGAUCAUGGGCGAUGGCCCUGACAGAGGCUUUAACGAUUUAUGAAUAGCAUUAUGUUUGAGCACUUGAUUAGCGAAAUA